AUGCCACCACGUCGAAAGAGGGCCAACUCGGAUGAUGGCAACGAUGCAAGACGAUUGAAAUCAUCACGAGCACAGGAGGAUGAUGAUGAUGAGUCAUCUUCAUCGUCGGAAGACGAAAACGGGUCAUUCUCUUCAUCUGAUAGCGACGAUGACUCUCCUUCUUCUUCUUCCUCUUAUUCGUCUUACACAAGUGAUAUAAGUCCUCAUCCACAAGUAUUUCAGGCAAUGCACCUGUUCGCUUUCGUACAAGGUGUUACAGAAAUCAAAGAUGGAUCCUUUCGCAACGACUUGGCCUUGCCAAAGAUUUCCAUUCCGUCGUCCGUGCAUUCGAUUGGGAAGGCGGCGUUUCAACAUUGUGAAAACUUGGUGCACCUUUCACUGGCAAAGGGUCUCUUGGUGAUCAAGACUCGAGCGUUUGAAAACUGUUCCUCCUUGCGAAAGGUCAAGUUUCCGACUACUUUGGGCGUGAUUGAAGCCUUUGCCUUUUUCUCCUGCAGUAGUCUGGAAGAUGUUUUGUUUGAGGAAGAGUAUCUCAGAGGAGGGCGCAUUAGAGAAGGAAAUCUUGGAGAGAUUGGAAAAGAUGCCUUCUCUCACUGCACUGCAUUGACCAAGAUAAAGAUCCCGCCAAAAGUGAAACGGUUGGGGGAAUACUCCUUUAGAGAGUGUAUCUGUUUAUCUGAGGUUAUUCUAGGGAAAGGAUUGAAAACGAUUGGCAAUGGUGCUUUCUUCAGAUGUGUUUCAUUGCAGAACCUAAAGAUUAUUGAUACAGUGGAGGUCAUUGAAGACUAUGCUUUUGCAGAGUGCCCUUCACUCUGCGAGUUGGAGCUUUCAGAAGGAUUAAAACGAAUCGGAAGUCAUUCGUUUGCGAAAUGCACUUGUCUCCCACAGGUGGCUCUCCCUUCUACCGUGGAAUUCAUUGGUGAUGAAGCGUUCCCGGCUCGACCAAGAGAUAACAUCGUCUAUUCAGGUGGCGAUGGUCCAUAUCAUCGAUGCCUCAAAAUACGUCAAGCCCUGAAAAUUGUCUCUUUUGCAGUUGGACUUCGAAGAAUUGGAGACGAUGCCUUCCACGGCUGUGGUUCGUUGACCAGACUUAAAUUCCAUUCGUCAAUACACACGAUUGGCAACUCAGCCUUCCGGUACUGCAAUAAUUUAAUCGACGUCAUCUUUGCACAAGGACUGAAGAUCAUCAACGGAAGUGCGUUCGAACAGUGCCAAUCGAUCCGAAAGGUCAAAUUUCCUUCAACUCUACAGUUUAUUGGAGCCAAUGCUUUUCAAUCCUGUACCGGUCUCCGAGACAUCGAAUUUCAAGAAGGCCUACGAGAAAUUCGAAAUCAUUCCUUUGCUCACUGCAAAUCAUUGUCCAAAAUAAGGAUUCCAUCAACAAUGGUGUAUAUGGGAGAGUAUGCUUUCCGAGAGUGCACGAAAUUAGAAGAAAUCGAUAUAAUUGGUGGAUUGACAAAGCUUCCAAACGGCGCCUUCUUUGGAUGUACCGAGUUGAAAGAUGUGAAAACUGGUCCUGGUAUCAAGGUUCUUGGAGACUUUGUGUUCAAGCAGUGCAAGGUCCUGAGGGAAAUAUCAUUUUCGGAAGGUCUAAAAACGAUUGGAUGUGACGCCUUUUCGGAGUGUUGGAAGCUAUCACAAAUUGGUCUUCCAUCAACGGUGGAGUCCAUUGGACAUAGCUCUUUCUCGCACUGCCUAUCUUUAUUGAAUGUGAAACUAGCGAUGAGAUUGGAAGAGAUAUCCAGCCAAUUAUUCUUUUAUUCGGGAUUGCUCAGAGUAGAAAUUGGGCCAAACAUCAGAGUCAUCCAGGCCUAUUCCUUUUACGCAUGCGUGUCUUUGAUCGAGGUAAUCCUUGUGAAUGGAUUGACGAGCAUUGGAGAAAUGGCGUUUGCAGAUUGUGGACGCAUGGCGCAUGUGAAUUUUCCUCAGACUCUGAAACACAUUGGCUACAAAAGUUUCAAAGGUUGUCAGUCAAUUUCUGAAAUUCAACUCCCAUCUUCGCUAGAAAGUAUUGGACAAAGUGCAUUUACAUUUUGCAGGUCUAUUCGAAGUGUCGAUAUCCCCUCGUCUGUAAAGACCAUCGGAGUCCGUGCAUUCGAAGAGUGUACCAAAUUGGCUGAAGUUGAUCUUCACGAGGGUUUACGAAGGAUAGGGUCUGGGGCGUUCUUUAGCUGCACAUCACUGUCCAGCAUUAAGAUCCCCUCAACAGUCGAAAUUUUGGAAAAGGGGGUGUUUUACAACGCCGUAUCUUUGGCUGAGGUUGACCUUCAAGAAGGAUUAAAGGAAAUAGGAAGCGACACCUUCUAUGCGUGCGACUCCUUGACUGCAAUUAAGAUCCCAUCCACCGUGCAAGCUGUUCGAGAUGGCGCUUUUGGCUUCUGUACUUGGUUGAUUUCUGUGGAGUUUGUGCGCAAAGACAUUCCGAGAUUCGAUCUUGGUGUAUUCCACAAGUGCCGAAGACUAUCCAAUGUGUUUCUUUCACCACAUGGGAUGGAACGUGAGCAGUGCACAUUGACUCGUUAUAGAAAGUAUACAAGACACUUCUUUGGAUGCAAUCUAUUGGAAAAGCAAUUCGGACAACAACGCGUUCUCAAAGGUGUGACUUCACGGUUCGACAAGUAUCCAGUGCAUAGGAAGUGUUAUUAUGCAUCUACGACAACUGCUGCUGAGCUGCGCCGCACAUGCCAGUCUAACGAAUACCAUUCUCGAGACUUUUUGGUUGAUCAGUUGAAAAUGACGCCGUUCCAUGUCCUUUUAUCGUCUCCGAGCUGCUCUGGUGACCUCCUGCAGGUGCUCCUGGAUGCAUACCCGCCCAUAGUAUUGGCUUGGCAAGACAUACGAAAGAAAUGUGCUAUGGAUUAUCUACACCGUAAGCUCUGGACCAGUAAAGUGAAAAUUCUGAUGCACAUGUGUCUUCUGGCUUUCAUGGUAGACCGAGUUGGCCGGUGGGGUUGUAAAGAACAAGUAGAUGCCAUUUCGCUCAAGGUAUCCGCUGUGGUUGAGCAGACGGACAAGGACAAACGAGCUGUCUUGCUGCGAGAAGCGUUCGAAUUGCUACACCAAUAUGAAAUGAAAGGUCGAGUCUUUCAGUUGGAGCUUGCGUUGUGGAAAUCAUCGAUAGUUUCCUGCGAAGUAUUAGCCGAUGGUGCUGUGUCGGAUCGGUUGCAAAGCCGGGUAGUGUCUGGAACCUCUGUUGUGAUUCCAAGUGUCAUUGCAUUCCUCCAACAAAAUCAAUCCAAUAAUCCUCAGCAGAAUGACACAGAGGUAGACUCAGAUACCGAUAGCUCCUCAAGCAUUUCGCUCGCCUCGAUUGUGGAGAUUUCUCAAAUCGAGUCAGAUACUGAGCCAGACAGCGGGGAUGAUGCGUCGAUGUCAAGUGGGGAUUCAGGAAGUGAAGACUAG